CAAUUACCAUUUCAAUAUCAAAAUGGGACUAUCAAAAUGGGAGGAAGAUCUUCUCAAGAAUGCAGAUGCUGUUAUAGAUAAGUCCCCAAUGGAAGACCUCUAUGCUGGUGUCUUCUUUAACCAAAAUAGAAAGGACGAUAAAUGAAAGUUAUGCAGCAUAUCCAUAUAAGAAGUAUUGGAUUGACAAGGCAACAUUUGGCAACUGCUUCAUGGUUUUUGCAAGGGACUUUACAGUCUCAUGGGGUAGUGACAAACGUUAUUGGGAUUGGCCAAGCAUUAAAGAAACAAGUGAGGUAUUUAUAGAUGUUGCGGAAUUGCUAAUGGUUUGUUGGUUAGCGGUGGAGUCGAAAUUUGACACAGCCAAUUUAACAGCAGGAAUGAAUUAUGAAGUUGUAUUUGUGAUGAUGAUUAAAGAAAAGAGUCGUGGGUGGAAUGCUCCCGUCACUUUCACACUCAUCCUUCCAAACGGAAACAAACAAGAACAUGAAGAAAGCUUGCUUAAAAAGCCAAGAUCGCAGUGGUUUGAGAUUCAGGUGGGUGAGUUUAUGGUGGAACCAAAAAACGAUGGAAUUAUCGAGUUCAGUUUGACUAAAAGUAAAGAGAAUUGGAAGACAGGUUUAGUCUUCAAAGGUGUGGUCAUCCGACCAAAGAAGUGAGACUUGGGAGUUGGGAAUACUCGAAAUAUCUUAUUUGUUGGGCUCUAUACUUACUUAUCGGACUAUAUAUAUUUGUUAUGUAAUAAUGGACGAGGAUUCCCAAUAUUUCCAUGCAUCAAAUUUGGGUACUAGUUGAUACUGAUUAGAUUGUAUUUACUAUUUUAAUGUAUUGUGUAUUGUGUUAUAAAUAAGAUGUGUAUUGAGGUGCA